AUGGAAUCCCGAUCCCCUAAACGCGUGGUGAUCUGUGUUGAUGCGCCAUGGUACGAUUCCCACGGUCAAUUGAAACGGGGUAACAGGAACCGAAGCAACGUGUAUAGAAUCUCGUCGACGGUGAAGACGGGGAAAGUACUGGAUGAAACCGGUGAUUGGGUUGAGCAGUAUUGUCGAGAACAAAGCCCGCAAGACGAGCUGUGGUUCUUUGGUUUCAGUCAGGGCGCAUCCGGUCACCCCGAGAGCCCUGCGGAGAGUGGAGGAGGUUUGCAGAUUUUGAAAAGUGCAUUCAAGACUUCCGGCCUGAAAGAGCUGCAGAAACAGGUAUCGACAAGGCAAAGCGCGCGUGAGAGCCCGACAAUUCGCUUUGUCGGGCUGUUUGAUACCAUCAAUGACCAGUUCAUCGACACCCCCCUGGAUUUACCUCCUUCCUCUGCAUGUGUCCGCCACGCUGUUGCAUUGCACGAGACACAGCAAAAGCUCGAGCCGAUCCUACUUUUCCGCGGCGAUACCCCAGCCCCGGAGGAGACCAACUGGGUGGAGGCCUGGUUUGUCGGUUCCCAUGUUGAUAUCGGCGGAGGCCCCAAGAUGGAUGGACUCUCGCUCUACCCGUUGCAGUGGAUGCUUGUCGAAGCUCGGAAUUGUGGGUUGGGACUGACGGGGGGCAUAACUCGCGACGACGCCGUCCGCGAUGACCAGGACAUCGGGCCCGCGACAAUCGAUCUGGUCUUUCCCUCAGAGGUCAAAUCGACUAGGUCACACGUACAACCAGUCCAACAUUCAUCAAACCCGCCGUGGGUUCUGAGAUUCGCGAAUAAGCUCACAGUCGAGAUGUACGAUUUGCGCGACUCACACCAUCACGGCAACAUCCAGUCGCUCCCCACAAACCGACUUCACUCGCACACCCGGAACGUGAAGGGGAGACAGGAGACAGAUCCCUCACAGCAUUAUGUGAGGCUCAACAAAACAAGCCUCUACCUGACGCGAUACAACGCUCCGCCCAAAGCCCGCAAGAUGUUUGACACCGAUUCCCGCGGAAAGUUGAUAGGAUAUCAGGAUGGAGCCGCUGUCGGAGCAGUGAUCCAUCCAUCGGUGUACUUCGUCAUGGAUUGCUACCCGCGACUUGUCAAUUUGCAUGCAUGGGAAUCGCAUCACGUAGCGAAUCUGGAGACCUUUCGCUCGCUGCAGCUACUCCCCGAGACAUUACUGGAUCCUUGGGCCACGCCAGACAUGAGUAAAAUUCAAGCAUGCCGGAUUCUGGUGUGCGGCUCCACCGGAGUGGGCAAAUCCACCCUCCUCAAUGCCGUCUUUGGCAUUCCUCUGGUUCCAGUCAGUCAUAGCGAGAUGGUCAACCAUAAUGUUGAUGAAGCAUUCGAGUCCGACCGUCAUCCUGGUAUCAUCAUCCAUGACUCCCGUGGGUUCCAGGUCGGUAUGAUGGAAGAGGUCCGGCUUUUGAAGGAGUUUCUUCAGAAACGAUCCACAGCGGAGAGCACCUCCGAGCGGCUGCAUGCAAUCUGGUUCGUCUCAUCCCAGGAGGUCUCAUCCCAAAGAACGAUUCAGCAGGCUCACAAGGACCUUCUUGACGAAGUCCGGAAACACAACGCCCAGACGCCGGUGAUUGUGGUCCGAACCAAGAAAGACAAGGAACUUGGUCACCGGCAGAACACGAUCCAAGAGGUCCUACGCCAAGAGCACAGAGAUAAACAAGAAGCAGAUGCUGAGCAGGGAUGCCCUCGAACAUCCUUUCAAUUGAAUGAAAAUCAGCUCGAGGCCAUCAAGUCGCGAGCGGAACAGGAGUUUUAUGAAGAAGAGAAACAGUUUGAGAAUGACGUGAAACGAUAUCACCCCAAUGCGCAGGUGCAUUAUACCUCGUCUGACGACAUCUCUUCCAUUGAGGCCCUCGUCAAGAUGACGCUGAAAAGUGUCCAGGCUUACAGUCCGAGAAAUGCCACAGGGCUUGUCGUCUCGCAGCAAAUCAACAUGGACCUGAAGGUCAAAUUGGCUAUAGAAACGACGGCGGAGUUGCUGAAUUAUAAUGCACAUGUAUGGCGCACUCUGAUCACCACCGUGCCAUUCGCCAACGCAGCAGCCACUCCAAUUUUGUGCCACAUCCUUUGCAGUCAGAUCUUCGAUUCCUUUGGGUUGGAGAAGAUCACGCGAGAUGAUGUAACCCCUCGACUGUUCAAGAUUGUCCUUCACAAUCUUAGAGCCUUUUGGUUCCAGAAUGCGGGGCAGGACGUGUGGAACUUUAUGAUGGGAGUGGGCCAGAUCUUGUUAUCCACAACGACCCCGUUGUUGAAGAUCUGGCCGGCCGCCCGGAUGGUGGUGAAAUGCGCAUGCGACUUGAUUCUGAUCUUGGAACGGGCCCUUCGACUUCAUGGCCCGGACACCACAGCCGAUGACAUCGAGAGGGCCCAAGACGAGUACGCCUCCGGUAGUGGUACCGACCAGCAGUCGCAGAACCAUGCAGCAGUGGUAGCCAGAAUCCCACCGCGAGACUGGGUGCAUCUGGAAAUCAACCGGACAUUCCCUCUGGAGAAGAAGUUCUUUCGGAAACUGGGUAUCAAAAAAGCAGAGAGCCUGAUUGCAACCAUCAUCCGAGACCAUCGAAUCGGGGCUCCGAGAGGACAAGGCCACAGUCGGAAGGCGCCGUCCGCCCCCCCACAAGACACGCUGUUACCUCCGCAGGGUGUCAUCCCGAGCCCGGAGGAUUUCGAGGUAAUUCAAGACGAGCUUCUUCAACCUGACCAGUCGUCUCCGGAAGAUUGCCAGGACGAGUUUGAUGCAAUGUCGCAAGCUCUGGAUGCAAUGCGUCAAGACCCGACCAGUGACGAGGACGGUACGGAUGGGGACUUGGAUAAAGAACCAGCUACUCCGCCAUCCGACCCUGAGGAUGAAGACAGUCAUACUAACACCAUCCCCGACUCUCUCGCUGCCGAUUUUGAAGUGAGUAGAGUGCCUUCUGAGGACCCGGACUCAUGGUCUGGUGGGGAGUCAGCCGAGUCUUUGCAAGCAAGUAACCUCACCCCCGACGAUGACCAGGCUCCAGAGGUCGAAGACGAUGCCGGAUGGGCGGACGGACUGUUUUCGGGUUUUGGUUAA